UAUGUCUGCGCCCUGUGGAAACGAACUUAAAGCAGUAGCGGACUUCUUCAGUAUUCAGCUCGGUUUUGAUCCAAAAUCGUACGACAAGCAGGAUCCAUUCAUUGUUGUAACUCUUGAAAAUGAGAAGCAAGCAAAACAAAUUACUAGCAGAACAGUACUUGUUAGGAGUGUAUAUAAUUACUGGGCAGAGGGAACAUCAAGGGAAGAGUUAUACCAGAAUAUAAAACAGCUUAAAGAUACUUUUAAGGAAGCUUACUGUUCACCUAGCAGGUCAUUUAAGAUAAACAUUGAGUCAUACAACCUGAAGCAGGAUUUUCAAACAAUACCAAAAAGAUUGCAGGAGUUGGCAGAGCAUGCAAACUUAGACCUGCAGGGUCCUGUGAGCCUGUCGUCUCCAGACGUCUCCUUUUAUUUCCUGGAAUACUACGGCUCUCAAGGGACUAAACCCCUGGCCAAGAAACUGUACUUUGGGACAUGGGUAGCUGAUGGACAGAAACAUUUAGUACAAAGAUAUGAUCUCAAAAAAAGACAUUACAUAGGCAAUACCAGCAUGGAUGCCAGACUGUCCCUCCUGGUGUCCAACCUGGCCCUGGCUGGACCCGGCAGCUGGGUGCUGGACCCCUUUGUGGGAACAGGUAGUCUACUGGUGGCCUGUGCACACUACGGGGCUUACGUCACUGGCACAGACAUAGACUACAAGAUUAUCCAUGGAUUUGGGAAAUCAAGCAGUCACAAGAAGAAGUUUCGAGGUCCUGAUGAGAAUUUUCUGGCCAAUCUGAGACAGUACGGUUUGGAGGACCUCUACCUGGACGUCCUAGUGGGUGAUGCUUCAAAACAUGCUAUGUGGCGACGGAGCUCCUUAUUUGAUGCCAUUGUCACUGAUCCUCCAUAUGGUAUUCGUGAAUACACCGUAAAAAUAGACAGCAAGAAGAGAAACCCAGAAAAUAAAAUUCAAGCACAGGAGGAUGAAGAUAUAGAUAUGGUAGAGAAGGGGCAUGAUGUUUGUGAAAAACAGACAUCAUAUGCUGGGAGCCAGAAGUCAGACUACCAGCUGCAGGACAUAGUGAAAGACCUCCUCAACUUCGCGGCCAAGUUCCUCAAACUUGGCGGCCAUCUUGUCUACUGGCUUCCUGUUUACAGACCUGAUUACACAGAAGAGAUGGUCCCCUCCCACCCUUGUCUAAAACUGAUCUCUAAUUGUGAACAGACUAUUACCUUGAAAAUGUCCAGACGACUUAUAACUAUGCAGAAAUGUAGGGAGGACACAGAGCUUCUUGAUGCAGCUCACAUCCCAGAAAUGCUUUACAAGGAGAGACUCCGAGACAAAUAUUUUGAAGCUAAUCCCGAGAAUGACAAAAAGAAAAAGAAGAAGAAAAAACAUAGAGGAGCAGGUGAGUGUGAUACAGAAUCAGUAAAUCAGCCUACGUGACAUUGGAUCAAUAAGUAACAAUGGAGCGUCACAAUAGGGUCACGAUGGAGCAUCACAAAAGAGCGUUACAAUGGAGCGUGACACCAAAAUAUGGGCAUCUGGUGACAACUGACAGAGGUCAAGGUUUCAGGGUGAUGGCUGUGAUGUAAUCCACACAAGGACACAGAUAUACGUGGGCAGUUGUACCUGUUGAAAUAGACAAACAAGGAUGGCCACUUUAGUCGCGUCUUAAAAGAUGUUGUGGGAAGCAAAUUUCAUGUUGAAGAGGUGUUACUAUUCAGAAAAAACAUUCAAUUAAUUUUUGAAUAUGAUGUGAUAUCUUUUAAGAUAUGUUUAAAAUGAUUUUAAGGGCACAUUUGACUUCCAAAAGUACCAGAACACUUCAGUCUCCCUCCUCCACCCCUCGUUCUUGUGCAUAUUACAUUCUUUGAUGUAAAAGUGUGUGGGGGGGACAACCUACCUACACGAAUGGACCAAGAACAGUUAAUCAGAGAUCAACUGGAUAAAAUCACAGAUAAAAAGAAUGAUUUUUUAAACUAAUAUAUUUGGAAAUAUACAUCAGAAAUUGGGUUAUGUCCAAAAUUUUAAAAGUGAUAUAAAGUAAAAUAAUAAUAGUACUAGCAAAAUUUAAACAAAAAUACGUCAAGUUCUGGAUAUGAAAAUAAAACGAUUAACAAUAUAUCAGAUUUGUUUGGUCUAAUGAUAGAAUUGCGUGUAUGAGCACUUUUUAGUCUCAAAUAAAGAGGUGUUGCGACAUAGACAUCUUGCUA